GACCCCAACCAAGAACCUUGAGCUGCCAACGGUAAAUUUCAGCGGGUAUCUUGGAAAUAAUUCCGUAUUGCACAGUUCCUCGCGCAUAUGAAUGAAAGUCGGUCUGCGAUGAGUUUGUGUUGUUGACAAUAAGUGGACUAAGUUUUUUCUCCGAAGGUACUGAACAUGUGCAGAAUUGUACCACUCGCCCUCUUCUUCUUGUUCUCGUGCAGUGAAAUAAUCGGAGCAUCCGCUCAAGAUGACUCCCUCGCCGGCAGCUUCUUAUCAGGACUGCUGGACACGUUCACCAACACGGUCAAGUCGAAAGAUUGUCCUGGAGAUUGCGUCCAUGCGUUGGCCACCAUAAUCUGCUACGACGUCCUGGAGGAUGCCCAAUGUCCGGAGUCGAUGAAAUGCUGCAUCGAAGCGCCACCCUUGAACGCUACUGAGAAAUCACCACCGACGACCCCUCAGCAAACCAUCAAUCAUCCGACCACCACCACAACCACCACGGAAGUGACCACAACAACCUCAACGACCACCACAACGCAACCGCCCCCGUCCACAACGCGCCAGCCGCAGGAGAACUCAAACAAAAAGGAAUCACCGAGUGUUAAUAAGUGUUCGGGCGUGUGUGUGGCCAACACUGUCGCCAAUUACUGCGAGGCCAUCCUGACGACAGCGGAUCUCUGCCAACCGGACUUAAGCUGCUGCGUGUCCAAAGAUCAGUUCGGAGACAACAUACCAUCAAAUCUGAUCUAUCCAACGAAGACGCGCGUCGACGUUUGGACCACUCCCAAACCUAAGCCCAAACCAAAACCAUAUUCGUCUACCACCACUGAGAGUUUCAUUAAAACCACUCUAGCACACAUCCAACCAACCAAACCGACGAAACAAUGCAGAGGUGAAUGCGUAGGAGACUUCCUCGCUUUACUUUGCGACAACGUGGACUACGAAGCCGACUGCGGCGGUAGUGUUUGCUGUUUAGCUGCUUCGACGGAAAACGAUGACCGGCCGAUUGUAACGACGACCACAACGACUCCGCGACCAGCGGUUCGCGAUCCCGGUCCUAGAUGUAUGGGAAUCUGCCUCCUGAAAAUUAUGGCUGCCUUUUGCCAAAGGCCCGCGGUUCUCAUCUCCAACACAUCGAAUUGUCAAGGCGGAUCCAUUUGCUGCGGCAACACCAGGUCAUCAAUUGCUACGAGUCCGAGACCUAAACCUAGACCGCAGCAGCCGCCUCCGGUGACAACGACAACUACUGUGGAUCCGCGACCUGAUUGUCCAGGCUCCUGCAUUGUACCUUAUCUAAGCUUCACUUGUUUCCGAAACGCUGAGAUGACGGAAGUUUUCAAAUGCCAAAAAUCCGGAACGAAAUGUUGCGCGCCGAAAUCGGUGAUUCGCGAAGUCACUGGCCACAAGGAGGAUGAUUUAUCUAGUCAGAAAAAUACGACGCCUUCUUCUAUCACACCUGUUUACACCACACCCUGGCAAACCACCGUCAACGACUCGACAGCAUUAACAUCCCUCGAGGUUAAACCUUCAACAACGGGUAGACCAACUUACCACAACAAGUACGUUUGCGGUGUUAAGGGUAACUCGCGCGGGGCGCGAGUGGUCGGAGGCGAAGACGGUGAAGGAGGUGAAUGGUGCUGGCAGGUUGCCCUAAUCAACUCCCUUAAUCAAUAUUUAUGCGGGGCAGCGUUGAUAGGCACCCAAUGGGUCCUCACGGCGGCCCACUGCGUCACCAACAUCGUGCGUACAGGAGACGCGAUCUAUGUGCGAGUCGGUGAUCACGAUCUGACUAGGAAGUACGGUAGUCCUGGUGCACAGACGCUACGCGUCGCCACCACCUACAUCCAUCACAACCACAACAGCCAAACUCUAGAUAACGAUAUUGCCCUAUUGAAACUCCACGGUCAAGCAGAACUGAAGGAAGGUGUCUGCUUGGUUUGUUUACCGGCUCGAGGAGUCAGCCACGCCGCGGGCAAACGCUGCACCGUCACCGGAUACGGAUACAUGGGUGAAUCUGGACCUAUACCACUGAGGGUGCGAGAAGCGGAGAUCCCUAUAGUCAGCGAUGCCGAAUGUAUCCGGAAGGUCAACGCUGUAACCGAGAAAAUUUUCAUUUUACCUGCUAGCAGCUUCUGUGCCGGUGGCGAAGAAGGCAACGAUGCCUGCCAAGGCGACGGCGGAGGUCCCUUGGUAUGCCAGGAUGACGGCUUCUAUGAGUUAGCAGGAUUGGUGUCCUGGGGUUUCGGUUGCGGCCGCGUCGACGUUCCCGGAGUCUACGUGAAAGUCUCAUCGUUCAUAGGCUGGAUAAAUCAAAUAAUCAGUGUUAAUAAUAUGUCGUGAUUCUUUACCAAAACGAUCAUCUGUACAUAUAAUACAGUAUAGUAUUUGACACGCAUUUUACGCUCAGUUUAUCGAUUUGCAAAUGAAAUUGCGUACAAAUCCGACAGAUCCUGAGUAAUGUAUGUAGUUUUGUUUAUUAUUUUACAUUUAAUUAUUUAUUAUUGUUAAUUCUUACGAUUAUUAUUAUAUAAUUUAAUACUAUUAUAAUAUUUGUACAGAGUUCCGUUCUAUAUAUCCUGUUGUUUCUAGUUUUAAAUGGGGACAUGACAAUAAUCAUUCCUGAGAAUAGACUCAGCAGUCUAUUCUAUUGCUUUUUAUGGUUGGUUGGGGAACACUUCUAUCAAAAACAAAUGUGAAAAAAAAAACACACAAAAGCCUUGCAAAUAUUACUUAACCACUUACCUCUCUACCUAUUUAUUUUUCAUUAAGGCUGAUCAUCACAUGUAUGUAAAUGUGUAGUAUAUCUUUAUAAGUUUUGUUACCAAGUAAGUAAAAAAUGUUUUACUAAUUGAUGUAUUUAUGCUUUAUAUUAUUUUUAUAGAUUUGUAAAAA